AUGAAGAAGCUGGGCCACCCGGCCUAUCAGCAGAUCGAGGAGGCCGCCGUCCGAGCGACGGCGGCCCAGCUUCCCGAAGACGCCGUGCCGGCGGAAGUGCUGAAGGUGGUCCGCACCCUCGGCGAAAAGGGAGAAGACGACGGCGACAAGCUCCAGCCGCAGAAGGCAGAUGCAGGGCACGCGGGUGAGGUCUUCGCCCAACAGCGCCUCAGGGCCAUCGUGGCGGAGGGCUGCAGCGAGGACCGGAACGCGGUGGCGAUGGCGGCCCUGAACGACCUGGAGACCCAACUCCACCCCCAAGGCACCGAAAAGAAGAUGGAGACCCUAGAGGUGCGCACGGGCAACCAGCUCAUCGACCAGUUCCAGCCCCUCUACUUCGCCACGGCCUUCUGCUUCUGCUUCAAGCACGCCACCGCCUGCCCAGACGUGCAAUUGAGGAGCAAAGAGCGGAACGGCGCGGCGGCGCGCCAAGACCGUGAGAAGAACCGGAGAGCCCGGAACCCCAAGGCCCCCGCUGUGGAGGUGCAUGCGUGGGCCAGCGCCAUGCAGCGCCGUGCCGAGACCCAGUUCCGACGGGACUGGACCUUCGGCUUCACGCCCUGGAACUACCUCUUCCGGACCAUGGUCAACCUGCAGCAGAACAGCUUCAUGUACACCGUGCCCAACGAGGACAGCAGCGGGCACCGCAGCCUGUCGAACCUGGAGAUCAUGAAAGGGUUGCAGGAGAUCCAGAAGGCCCUCCACAACGGCAAGUACCUGGACGUCAACAACCAGCACAAGGCCGUGAAGGGAGACCUCUCCAAGGUGCUGGACAACUGCGAGGCCCGCUGCCUCAACAUCCCGGGCACGCGCGAGGUGCGCAAGACCAUGCGGCGCCAGACGCACGCCAACAGGAUCUGCUACGGCACCUCGCUCUUCGUCACGUUCUCCCCUUCCGAAAGGGACAACACGCUCAUGCUCCGACUGGCCCGAGCCCGACAGUCGGACCCGGCCCUCCAGAACGACGUAAGCGGCCGCAAGUUCCAGGGCCGCGCCAAGCCCGGGCUGGACGUGGAGUACCACGCGCUGGACCCGGAGGCGCUCCUGGCGGAGCUCCCGGCCUACGACGAGCGGCGCGCCAUGCUGGCCAAGGACCCGCUGGCGUGCGCCGACGGCUUCCGCGUGCUCGUGCAGCUGGCCAUGCGCCACCUCUUCGGCGUCCGCUGCUGCCCGCAGUGCCCGGACUGCGCCAGCUCGAAGAACCCCUGCGCCGACGCCUUCGGGAGCAACGCCAUGGCCUGCGGGGGCAUCUUCGGGCGCGUGGACGCGGUGUACGGGUCCAUCGAGUGCCAGAAAAGCGGCGCCCUGCACGUGCACUUCCAGGCCGGACCGCGUUGCAUCCCAAAUGCACGAGCAAAAAACACAUGCGAGCCAAACCGAACCAUGAGGCAUAGCCGGAAGCGCCAAGUUCAGUAG